GAGCUGCGUCCGCCGUGGCGAUUGGUAAACAAAACCACGAGAUUGGUGCUGAAGUUUUCACCGUUUUCACCGGGCGGUGGUAAUAUUUUGCGAUAAUCUUGCGAAAUUAGCCGAAAUAUUCAAGAAAAUGUACCAAAUAGUUCGCUCAGGAUUCCAUCGAUUACAUAAGAACUCCAGUGUUCGGCUGAUUGUCAACAGUGGAUUCUCGUCCGAUUCUGGCCAGAAAGGUGGAGAUGAUGGGGACAAGAAAAAAUCGCCGGAAGCGGCAAGCCAAUCCCCGAAACAAGAUGUGAAGUCAAGUGCUGCCCUGAACCGUCUAAAUGAGCUUCUCUCAAUGAUGACCACCGAGAGUGAAGUGCAGCUGGUGAAGAAGGUUCAGCUGGCCAAACCUGCCGGACAGAAGCGCGAAAAAAGAAAAGGAAAGCAAGCGGAUGAGAGGAAGCAGGACUCAGAUUCUGAUUCCGAUUCCGACGACGAAAAGCCAAAAGAUUUGACCAAAGCUACUCGAAAGGUGGCUGAAUCCCUGGGCGGAGAUGCUAAGAAAACCGAAGCGGAACUGUUGGCAAAAUUGUUGGGUGGACAGACCGCUGGCGGGGAGGGUGCCAGUCUAAGUGACAUAAUUACGGGAAUGCAAGUGGACAAGGAAGGCGCGAAAAAGGGCAAAGAAGUGCAAUUGACCAGAAGCAAUGUGGUGCGGAAGUCCAUCGAACGGAAGGGAGCCAAAGGACAAGAAUAUUUAGGUGUGGCUCAGUCUCGCGAGAGAAGACGACCGGUUGAAGCAAUUCAUCCCACUGGGGCAAGUGUUAAAUUGUUCGAGGGAGAUUCAUUGAAUAUAUUCACUGAUCCAGCGGCACUUAAAGAUAGUCCGGACGUAUUACUUACCUGGAAAAAGCUACAAGAGCGUGAGCUAAGGUUGGCCAUCACCCAUCCUCCGGCAAAUUACUUCCAAAAGAUGGCACUGUGGACGGAGCAGGGCAAACUAUGGAAGUUCCCAAUCGACAACGAACAAGGCCUGGAUGAAGAGGCAAAGGUAUCCUUCACAGAGCACAUCUUCCUUGAGGAACAUUUAGAGCCAUGGUGCCCGAAGCGAGGCCCCAUUCGGCAUUUUAUGGAACUUGUGUGCGUCGGAUUGUCAAAGAACUAUUUUAUUACCGCUCAGGAGAAGAAAGAGCACAUUCUUUGGUUUAGAGACUAUUUCGAACAGAAGAAGGAUCUACUGAAGCAGGUAAUUGUGCAGCAAUCCGAAUCAGCUGGCGAGAAAAAACUUACCAAGUAGGAGGUUCUAGCAUUUCAUAAAGGUACCAAUAAAUUGUGCUGAGUUUAAGAGUA